GCCCCACCUUUUCGGUGAUCACACCCUUGCGGAUUAAACUUGGUUCGAACGUUCUCACUUGCUGAAUCCACCCGCCCAAAGUCCCCAAGCUCCACUCCUGUGGUACUCCAUACUUUCCGUUCUUUUGCAACUUGGAGUAACCGUUCAGCAAAGUGAACAUUCAAUUGUUCGACCCAAAUCCGUCUUCCCUUCCACCAACAGUAUAUCCUGGUCUCAUCACCAAACUGGCUGCAGUUCUCCAUUGCUGAGCCAGUGGUUCUCCGAGAUCUCGGGGCGCGAGUAUCUCACGUGGCCGGUGCGUCUCAAAGUGAGGCGUGAAAGGGGGUCGAAUGGUCUUGACGAUGAAUGGUUAAUCUGGAGGGAAGGGAAGCCCUAAAAUCGGCCCCCUCCCGAACUAUACACCGUGAAAGGGGCAAAGAAGCAAACCAUCCCCAGCCCAGAUUGCCGAUCCGCACGAUCGGUAAUGGAAAUAGGGGAAGCGACUCGAUGUGAUGGAGCGUCUGCCGAGUGUGUCUCUCGAGGAGGCACUGGAAGCGGGUAGCAGCAGUCUCCUUGGAACGAUUGGAAUUGUUAUCCCAUCCCGAAAUAUUGCAACGAUUCCUACCGUAUGUGUAUGAUUUUGUUGCGCUGUGGCUGAGAACCGCGAUUUCAUCCUGCUCCUCUGUCUGUCGGAUAAUUGAGACACAUCCUCAUCGCUCAAGCCACUUCUACUGUACUUCAUCAAUUGUACCUCAUUUACCUCCCCGUCGCCAUCACCACGAGGCCGAUCGUCCGCAGAUCCAAGGCUCAACUGUUGGCUCCACUACAAUUGACAGCUCACUUGCAUCACUUUGUCGGCCACUCGGGAUUGGCUGCCUGCCUGAGGCAAACAGGGGGCGCGUGGGAAGAAAAAAAAAUAACAUUCGAGACCAGUAGCACCUGGGAAAGGAGUACGGCUCUCGGCCAUGGAUCUCCAGGGGACCAAAGAGGCUCGUACACAGGAGGAGGGUGCUGAUGGCCCGCUGGAUGCCUAUGGCGCCAGCAGUGGCCGUUCAAAAGAGUUUCGUAAGAAUGAGAGGCGCGAUUCUCACAGCCAUGAGAGCUCAUCCAACGUGAACACCCUUCGUCGUCAUCAGCAGCCACCAUUUGCAUAUCCGCCCGGUACCCGCCAGCCCGGGGCAACCUCGCGAUCGGGAUCGGGAUCGACAUCUAGCGCUGCACCUCGGCCACGAGACCCAUCACCCUCCCCAGAGGCCAUCAGUAUCCCGCAAGCACUAGGCCUCGGCUCACGAAACCAGCGGCUCCUUUGUAAGGCCCGCCGACAGCCUCCCGUAACGAAGCGGACAUUGAGCGAACUCGAUCUGCCCUGUAUCAUGAGCAAUAUUAAUCUCCGGAUGGACGCCAACUUCGAUCGUGACCUGCACUUCAAGCCCGAUCUAGAUGGCGAAAAAGGAAAGCGCAAACGGAAAGAGGCUGCCGACUACUGGGAUUCUAUGGCUAUGGAAAUCUCAAUCUACGCAUAUCGGGCCGCAAACCCCGAUGACGAUGUGGAUGAGAUGAGUCCUCGGGAUGGCAGUUCGAAGCGCACAUUCGAGCCCCGACUACCUGCCAUGUUUGAAACUUUACAAGAAGUCAUCAAAACUCUUGUCCCAGAGCGUGAUCAUCCAAGCGUCAUGGAGAACCUCGAAGUACCCCUGCUCAUGCAACAAGUCCGCAAGGGUGUUCUCGAUAUGGUGGCACUGGCAACAUGGAUGGCGGCUUUAUUGAAGACGCAUUGCGCGCCGAUGCGUGAUGAAUGGGCGGACCGGAUGGUGGAGCAGAUCACUGAGGGCUCGCAGUCGCAGGAACCAAAGGAGAUUGUCAAUGGGCUGCAGACACUAUUUGCUAUCUUGGAGGCUAUGAAACUGGAUGUGGCUAAUCACCAAAUACGGACAUUCCGUGUUCUUCUAAUUGAGGACACGGUCCCAUUCUUGCAAGAGUACUUUGAAGGCAAAAUCAGCCGUGGUAGCUUCCAAGUCGAGCCCGCCAGGAUCUGGUAUCUUGCAGCACGGGAACGGGCCCAGAAAGAAGAUGAGGCGAAGGGCCCAACAGCAACACAAUCUGAUGAUACAUUCAAGCCCCUCGAAGCCCUGUUCCGGGGGAUCUCAGACCAGCUUCUCCAGUUCAAUCCGCCGGCGGACUACCCGGAGACAUUUCUCUUUGACACAGACCGGCUGUGGCAAUUACGCUCGACCAUCCAGAACCUUAUCAAUCUUGAGAUUGCGUGGUACAUCUUUGAGUCAUAUGUCCACACCCAGAAACGGUAUCUCUCUGCUCGUGAUGAGACUUAUUCCACUUUCCGCUCGCGUAUCUGGUCACUCAUGGAGGAUGAGCUGAGCUCGGAUGGGCGGAGUCCCAGUGCAGAUGACGACCCUGAUCUACGGGGUAGCAAGCGCUGGCUGCAGAACAUGCGCUGCAUCGCACUGGAAAUUGCUCGGUUUGCUUGUGCUGCGUGCUGCCUGGACGUCGUCGUUGCUGAUGAGGUGAUUGCUCCGAUUGAGGAGGCCCUCCUGUGGCACCUGUCAAACGAGUCCGAGCUUUUCCGCUACUUCCAAAAUACCAUGCGUGACAGGGUCCUCACCGCGACGCUCGCUUCUGCUCGGAGAUACCUACCACUCUCGCCACUAGCCAUCUGUGAGUCUCAGCGCACGGCACCUCCACCAUCUACUGCGAAUGGUCCUGCACCCAACCCCCCGUCGUCGUCUGCAGUUCCUACUCCUUCGACAUCUUCAGCCUCAUCCUCAACCCAGACCAUGUCCGCACAACAAUAUGAUAUUGAACGUAUCGGCAUGCGUCUUGGCCAUAUAGGUGUCCUGCACUGGCGUGUCUGGGCAUCCCUUCUAUAUCUGCGAGACGAUACCGCCGACUCAAGGCCGGAGCCGUCAGCUUUCAUAUAGACAUCUCACACUUCACACCCCACAGACUCACCGACAGUGUCUGGGAUUGAUUAUCUGUCCUAUUAAGUAUGCAAUUUUUGGUUGGUUUAUUUUGUUCUUCGGAAUCUUUUGAUCUGCUUUUCAGCGCUUUGCAUCAUUGUUACUAUGGCGUUUCCCAUAGGCCCAUGGCCAGGCACCAGUACCGAGCAAGGCGUUCGUGCGAGUUGCCUCGGAUAGGACCAUAGCAUUGGAACUGGCUUGGCUUGACUUGUCUUCUUUGGGAUAUAGACUAUGGCGUUUUUUUUAUCUGUCCGGUUUCUUUCUUCUUGUCGAGUAUAUAUGCCCGAUUUAGUAUACUGCACUCUCAAUCUGAUCCGGAAAAAUACAUACCAGAAUUCUCACACUUUCUGA